UUUGAUUGUCAAUUGAGAUUGACAAGUUUGUUUAAUUUGUUAUAUAUGGGAAAUUCACACCUAAAUAAAACGCUAAAAACCGACAAGUGCAUAAAUUUGAGGAAUAGUCAUGUGUUUCAAGUUUAUAUAUAUAAAGUUGAAUUUUAAUCUUUAGGUUUAAGAAAUACAGUCGUCUUUGUACAAGCUUUAACAACUAAUGCAGCAUGGAAACCACGGAGCAGUCAGGACCUUGUAGCAAUAACCAAUCGAUUGAUGCAUCAAGUAAUGCGCCUGCGGCUACAAAACCGGCAACAACUGAGAUCAAGCCAAUAUUAUCCAAAGGAGUUGAAAAUGCAAAGAAGAGGCUGAGAGCCUUUUCUAUUCAGAAGAAGACUCCCAUAGCACCUAUAAUUGUUCCAAAGCCUUCAAGCACUGGACAUACAACAGUACUAAUUGGAAAGUUAAGUGGGGCAAAACCUUCAACACCAAAGGUGGACGAUGAGCAAAAGAAACUGCCGAGACCUCCCAAACCAGGCUCUAAUAAAAGACCUUUAACAGAUUCAUAUAUUGAUCUUCAGAAGAAGACAUUAGCGGAAAUAGAAGAUAUGAAACGUAAGAUGGAGUUAGUGGAAUUAGGUAUACCGUUAGGUUUGAUUUGCCCCACGUCAACAAGUGAGAAAGCCAUGCCGACUAAAGCCAUGCCACCUAUAAAACAUUUUCUAGAUCCAGCAAAAGUAGACGAAAUCAUUAAAGAAGCAAAGAAAGCCAGAGAUGAAGGUAGAAAAUACAAAUUUGACUAUCAAAAGUUAUUACCGGACUACGAUAAUCCUUUUCAACGUAAAAAAGAGGAAGAGAAAAAUAAAGUUGUGGAUUUUCGGGACAAAGAUUUCGACAAAGAGAAGAAAAGAAGCGAUAGAUAUGAGAAUCGACGACACUCUGAUUACAGACGCGAAGAGAGAGAUAGAUAUAAAUAUAAAGAUAAGGAAAAAGGGAAAGAAAAAGAAAAAGAAGAUGCUAAAAAAGAUGAAAAAGAGACUAACGUUAACUUAAAUGAUUAUUUAGUUUGCGAUAGUUGGUCACUAGAUAAUGAAGAAAAGGCAUCAAGUCCCAGAGUUGAAGAUAAAACUGCUAAGAAUAUAAUAAAACAUCAAACAGAUACUAAAUAUGCGAAAGCUAUCACUGAACAAGUACGAGACAGUGUUUUAAAAAAACAAGACAAAUUGAAAGAAUUUACAAGAGAUAGUCCAAUACGACCAAUAAAAAUGGAGAAAUUACAACCUGUUAUAGACUCGUUCAAAUUUGAAAUAGAUCCAAAUGAUGAUGAAAUCUUGGAUAUGUUUGAUAUUGAAUCUGGAAAAGAAAAGUACGGGCUGAAAUCUAAAGAUCUCUCUAUAUAUUCUCCAACGGAUUUGAAGUCUGAAGACUAUGACCAAGAUAUAUCUAAAGAUACGACAAUGGAUGGAAACGAUGAUACAUUUUUAGAAUCUAUUAUAAAUGAGAUAAAACAGGAAGAUAUGAGUGAUGAUAUGAGUCAGGAUAAAGGUUUGGUCGAAUAUGACUCUCCUAUAAAAGAAGAAACACAUGUACAGGAGUCGGAUCCUAGACUAUCAAUAACUCCGGAGUUAGAUGACAAAAUGAAAUAUCAACAGAGUCAAAGAAGCGAUUAUUCAGAUGGAUAUCGUUCUAGUGAAAGUGGAUAUAAAACGAGUGAUACGACUGAGAGUGGAUACAAAUCUAUGGAUAGUUUCCGUCUAUCGAUAGAGAAAGAUUUGGAAGAAUCCAUGGAAGUGAAAAUGUCGAAAUCGACUGUCAAUUCGUUGGAGACUUGGAGUUUUGUGCUAAAGAUUUGUCAACCUAUUUUAUUUAGACACGACAAGAACAAAUGUUAUAGAGAAACUCGUACAGAACCGAAAUUGUGGUACACCGAGAACCCCAAGUUGUGUAACUGUGUAAAAGAUCGCGGUGUUGUUUAUGAAGAACUGAACAUGUGUAAAAUGAACCUUGUUGAUAGAGUGUACGGGUGUGACCAAAUCCCAGACGCGCCUGCAUCAAAAUCCCGCAACUGGUACCCCCGUCCCCAUCUCUGUCUGACAGAGACGCACACUGUACCUGUCUCCAACGAGUGGGAGGGAGAUGACAUCAGUCAGACCGAGGUGUGUACACAAGACAGUGACAGACGAAGAUCCAAUACUCCACUGAGAAGUGAAGAAGUGUUACUCGAUAGAGAGUAUCAGAGGUUUAUGAAAGCGGUAUGGCCAGAAGUGGAAACUAGGAAUGAAACACCUCGCAGCACAACACCGGUGAAAGAAGAUGUCAGGAAGAAGAAGAAAGAUGUAGAAGUUGAGAAGGAGAUUGAAGCUAAGAAGAAGAAGGAGGAAGGAAGUUCUGUGAAAAAGAUGAAACAACUAAGCAGCGAGGGUUGGAGUCAGGAAUCGGAUAUAGAAGAAGAAAUUGAAAAGAGUAAAAAAAUUAAAAUCGAUAAAGAAAAACUCCGAAAACGUAAGCGUUCUUUAUCCAGCCUUUCAUCGGAGAGUGAACCGGAUGCGAAAAAAAGAAAAAAGAUCUUAAAAAAGAAAGCUCUUAAGAAAACUAAAUCUAAAUCGGCAAAGAAACGUCGUAUCGGAAAAAAGAUUUUAAAGAAAUUAAAAGAAAAGGAGAAGAAAAAGAAAAAGCAGAGUAAAAUUGAGAGAAUCGAUGAAUCAGAAGACGACGAUAGCGGUAGAAAAAAUGUCAAAAAGAUCAAAAAGAAAAUACUGCAGAAAAAAAAGAAGAAUUUGAAACGAAAAAAGAAAGAAGAAUCUACAAGUAGUUCGUCAUCUUCUAGUAGUGAAAGCAGCACUGAUGAAUCACAGAAGAAAGCCAAGAAGAAAGCAGAAAGUAAGAAGAAGAAAGAGAAGAAACGUAAAAGAAAGACAUCCACAUCAGAUUCCGCUCAAAGCGAAGAGUUAUUUGACGUUAAUAUAUUAAAUAAUAUUAAAACAGAACGUCUAACUGACGAUGAAAAGACCAAAACUUUAAUCAACUUCUCACCAAGAAAACAACAGAAACCAAGAGAAAUAAUAAAUGUUAAAGAAUUACAGAAUGAUUUCGUUGGUAAUAAUAUACAUAUAAAGAAGGAAGUUCCAGAAGAAUAUCCUCUAUCACCGAAAGUACCAGAAAGUCAGAAGAACGUCAAAGAAAAAGAAAAGGAUCAAAUUAUAUCAAAAGAUGACGAUGCAAAUGUUCCUAAAAUAACAGAAGUUAUUGAUGAAGAGGUAAAAGAACAAAUCGAAAUAAAGGAAUCACAAGUUAACGAAACACCUUCACCAGUGAAAAUACCUGAAACAUCACCAAAUUUGAUACCACAAAACAUACCACCAGUGGAAACAGUAUCUAAUAUAGAAGUGAUACCAACAAUUUCACCAAUACCACAAAGGUGUCAAAUAAAACCAGUAAUGGACGAAUCAAAUAUGUCUCUCUGUUCAUCCCAAGAGUCAGUAUGCAGCGUGAAGACUUACGAAAAGGAUGAUAGCCAUUUGAGACCCUCCUCACAAAAUUCAAACUAUAGUUUCAAUGAUGUGAUCAGUGCGAGCCAAAGUGGACUUUAUACAAAGCAAAUAGAGUCGGUUGUUGAGUGCGAGGAGAAUCAUGAAACCUAUCAACAAGAUAAUUACGAAAUGUACGAACAUUUAGCUAUGGCUUACCAAAGUGACGUCGCCAGUCAGCAAGCAUCCCCACCUUCAGUGGGAGGUGAGCAGCGCAUAGAGACUGUGGUGCGCGUGCGCAGCCGCGGGGAGAUCAAGUGCGACUGGCGACCAGGUCUCGCACCACCACGAGAACACCCACCCCCAGAUAGACCUUCCAGAUGGGGUUUAAAACCAGGAGAGGUGAAUAUUGUACUAACUGGUGGGAGUGAGAGCGCGCAGAUCGAAGUACCAACAUCACAACAACAACAACAAAUUCAACAACAGCCAACAACUCUGCCAUCGCCACAACCUGUAUACAAAAUACAGAGCCUUGCUAAUCGCACAGACACGGCUACUGGUAUAACUAAUGGGUAUGACGAAGCGUACAUGGAUAUGUACGGUGCUUCAGACAGACUGCAGUACGGCGACUGCUUCUCUGAUGCGCACAAGCAGCAAGAUGCAGCAAGACUCAGCACUCUGGACGCCAGGAUAGACCACGCGCUCAAGAAUACCGUACUGGGCGAGGUGGCUAAAGAAGAUUCACCUCCUGACCCUGACAAAGAUGCGCCCGAGAAAGGAAUACUCAUCGUGUCGGGUGAGGCGGGUCGCGGUGGUAAGCGAGUCAGUUUUGCUGAUGGAUACAAACCAGGACAAGACUCUGAUGUGGAGGAACCUCCCGUUAAGAAGAGACGCAAGGUGAAGCGCGCGGGCUGCGCCUGGCCGUGUCCCGCCGCGCACCCUGACCACGUGCCGCUGUGGGAUGCUCUGCCUCCACCACCACCACCACCUGGCUCACCACCACCCAGAACUGCGCCCCCGCCACCUCUACAUCUGCUGCGUCAGCAUCACACACACCCCACACUCACACUACCCCCCGCACUACGCAAACUGGAUCCGAAUGUGACGUUACCAUUGUUUAUACCAUCGGAGCCUCCGCCAGCUCUCAUCAGGUUCCCCUAACAUCCGGCCACCUCCAUAUUGUUGCUCAAAUAUAAACUGAUACCUUGAGUACAGAUUUGUAACGGAAUUUAUAAAUAAAAUUAGAGAAAGUGCUUUGAACACAUAAAAAAUUCGUUUAAAAGAAAGUGCAUAUUUCAAUGGU